AUGAGGGUGGAAGUCAGAGAUGGGAGGAGCACAAGAAUAUGGGAUAAGCACUGGGUUCCAGAUUUUAUUGGUAAAGAUGUUGAAUUGUUACCUGGCAUUGAGAGAGGGCUGGAAUGGGUGAAGGAUUUGAUGACUGAAGAUGGGAGAGGCUGGGAUGAGCAUAAGGUCAGAUCCACAUUUACUCCUGUUUUUUGUAAUGAAGUUCUGAGCAUUAAAUCUAAUGCACCUAAUAGGGAAGAUAGGUGGAUUUGGUCCCUGCAUAGUAAAGGCAUAUUCUCUGUCCAAUCCACUUAUGCAAGAAGACCUGCACCUAUGGUUAUCAAAGCUGCCAUGAGGGAUUGGGAUGCUUUUGAGCAGGGUAACCGGUGUUAG